AUGAAAUUGCUCAGGAAGGAUAUACAAAUAGUCUUGAAGCAAGAGCUCAAAAUUAAACGGCAUAACUGCACCACUACAACCCAGGCUCCAGGUACAACAACAACCCAGGCUCCAGGUACAACAACCACACAGGCCCCAGGAACAACCACUCAAGCACCUGGCCCAACAACAACUACCCAGGCGCCCGUUACGACCACUACUAAAGCUCCCGCUACCACCACAACUGGCGCUUUCUCCUUCAACUCUGAUGGCACUGGAGGCACUGUUCCUGCCCCUGCUCUUCGUCAUUACGCCGUUGUCAAUGGAGAAGCCAACGCCGCCGCUACUGGCCAUGGUCCCCACGCUGCCGAUGGUCAAGUCUGCGCUGACGGAGGCUACCUCGCCGUUGGAGUUUCUACCGCCACUGAAGGUGGUCAGAUCGGUCAGUGCAUUGUCAGCAAGGUGAUGCCCUGCGCGACCGCUGCUCAAUACCCGGCCCCUCUUGGUAACGAGUUGAACGGUUCUGGAUCCAGCUGUUCUGAGAAUUUCAAGUGGGCUUGGCUCAACACUAAUAAUGGCCGAUACUGUCACGCGGUUUCUGUCAAAGAAUCCGCUGAUGGUCAAUACGUCCUCGCCACCGGAACACGUCAAAGUACGACCAACAACAACCAGUACAAUGGUUUUGUUGCCAAGAUCAACUCUGCUACUGGCGCAACUAUCUGGGAAUUUGAUUACACUACCGGCGCCGGAACCAGAUCCGGAUUUGAGACUCUUCAUCUGACUUCUGAUGGUGGAUUCAUCGUCGGUGGCUUCAUUAACCGAGUUGACACUGAAAAACCAGGCUUCAAAUCUGGUGGACAAGUCGAUCAAGGAACGCCAGUCAUGCACAAGUUCUCUGCCUCUCUCGCCGCAGCCAGCAGCGCGGGAUCACCAACCCCCGAGUGGAGCUUCGUCUGUGACGGAAGCGGAAAAUCGUGCAACCUCAACGACGGAUCCGUCAAAAAUAUGCGUGUCUUCAGCGACAACGGUGUCGAGAAGGUCGUUGGUCUCCCAACCAGUCGAUCUAUCCUCGUUGUCCUCGACGCCGUCUCUGGUUCUGAACUCGCCUAUUCCGGCGACGGCAUCAACAGCGGCUUCAUCGGUGACGGAACUGCCAACGACAUCGAAGUUGAAAAGAACAGCAGCGGCGCUGUCACUGGCUUCGUCACCACCGGUCUCCGAAGCGUUCCAGUACAGACCGACAACGGCGUCAGCUGCAGCGGGGACGGCUGCUCCGUCAUCACUGGUACAUUCACCAAGUACAAGGCCGAUCUUUCCGCCAGCGAGUGGAAGGUCGACCUCCAAACUGGAGAAUGGCCCGGUGGAGCUAACCAAUUCGCCACUGUCGCUGCUACUCCUUACAAAUCCCUUGUGUACACCGAGUGCUGGGGCAUGACAAGCGUCAAGGAUGCAGCUGGAAAUCACAUUGGCUACGUCGCUGCUUGUGGAACUGGUAUUGAGCCUGGCUGCAACAUCCACCCAGAGCCUAUCCGAACGGAGUGCAACAACGAUCCGCGAAAAGCAUGGCGAGGAGCCGUUGCCCGAAUCGAUCUCGCUGGUAACCUUCUUUGGUACAGCAUCAACUCUUACCAAGCUCCAAAUGAAGAAGCCGGUGGCGCCAUGGAAUCUGGCGAGUCCGCCUCUGAAUACAUUUUCCAAACUCCCGAGGGCCGAAUUGUCUCGGUUACUGAUGAAGGAUUUGGCGGCUUUGGUUUCUUGACCUUCGAAUGUGAAGCUGGCGUCUGCUAG